AUGAGUGAAUCAUCACAUAAUAAUAAUAAUAGAAACACACCACAUUCAAAUAGGAAGUUGGCACCAAAGAUAUCUAGAGCGAUGUUGGAUCGUGCUAGAAACAUAAAGAGUACAUUCUCUGUUACUGAGACAAAAGAGAAAGUAGUAGCUACUAAUGAGAAUGAUAAUGAUAGUGACAAUGACAAUGGUGAUCACUCAUCAUCAUCAUCAACAUCAAAAUCAACAUUACCAACACCUAAACCAACAAAUAAAACCACCGAUGAUAAUGAUGAUUUAAAGGAAUUGGAGAGAAAGUUGAGUCAGACAUUAUCAGUUUCAAAACCAAGAAAGUCAAUAAAGAUAUUUGAAGAGGAGGAGGAAGAAGAAGAGAAAGAGAAAGUGGUAGUGAAGCAAUCGAAUCUUACAAAUCAAUUGGAGGAAGAGGCAAAGCAAAUGAGAAUGAAACGACAACAACAACAAGAAGUAGAAGAGGAAGAGAAAGAUGUAAUAGUAGUACCAAGUAAUAAUAGAAAUAAAAGAAUCAUUAUCGAUGAUGAAGAUGAUCUUGAGAAGAUAGAGAAUCAUCAUACAAAUAAUAAUAAAAAUGAAAAGCAGUCAACUAAGCAACAAAUAUCAGUUAUAGAGAUUACUGAUGAAGAGGAAGAGGAAGAAGAAGAAGAGGAAGAGGAAGAGGAAGAACCAAUUGUAAAUAAAAGAAGACCAGCUUCCAAUAGAUCUAUUAAGAUAGAAUCAGAGGAGGAGGAGGAGGAGGAAGAGGAUGAAGAAGAGGAGGAAGAGGAAGAGGAAGAAGAUGAUGAAGAGGAGGUUAUAGUAAGAAAGAAAGUAAUAGUUAGAGGUAAUAAGAAACUAACAGAAGAAGAGUUAGAGGUAGAAGCAGAUAACUUGGAUGAAACUGAUGGUGAAGAGGAAGAACAAGAAGAUGACAAACCAAAUUCAGAUGAUGAAAAGUUUGUUGUUAAUGACGACGAUGAAGAAGAGGAAGAGGAUGAAGAAGAGGAUGAAGAAGAAGAAGAGGAAGCUAUUGAGGAGGAAGAAGAUGAUGAUGAAUAUAUAGAUUCAGAGUCAGAGGAAUCCGAUGAUGAAUAUGUACCACCAAAGAGAACAAGAGACAAUAAACCAAUCAAACCAUCAAAUAGUAACAACAACAACAGUAUUAUGAACAGUAAGAAGUUUAGUAGAGUUGUAAAGAAGAGAGAUUAUGAGAUUGAUGAAGAUGAAAUAGAUCAUGAAAAAGAUGAAGAAGAAGUAGAGAAAGAGAAAGAGAAGAAGAAGAAGAACAAUAAUAAGGAUAGUAAAGAAGAGAAAACAACAUCAACAACAACAACAACAGGAGAACCAGAUAAAUAUGAAGAUCAGAUGAAUGGUUUCUUUAAGAAUCUUAGAACGGGCGACUAUCAUGACACCACCAAAUACUUGGAUGAGAAGACCAACAAGGAGCACGAGUACGUAUUGAACGCUGACACCUAUGAAGCGUUGUUUUGGUAUCAACGAGAGGGUAUCGAUUGGAUGUGGAAGCUGUUUGUCAAGGGUGCCGGUGGAAUCUUGGGUGACGACAUGGGACUUGGCAAGACGAUGCAAGUCAUCUCAUUCCUCAAGCAGAUGCAUAAGUCGCGCUUCAUCACACACUCACUCGUAGUGAUGCCAGUCUCGCUGAUCGAGCACUGGGUCAAAGAGUUUGAGAAACGACAGCCGACAGUGCGUGUCUUGGUCUACCACGGUAACAAUCAGCGAGAACGUCAACAGAAUCUCGAGACGAUAAAGAAGCUGGGUGGUGUCCUCAUAACCACGUACGGUAUGAUCGUAUCGAAUUGUGAACCGCUGAAAGAGUACAAGCGCAAACCAUUCACCUGGGACUAUAUUGUGUUGGACGAAGGUCAUAAGAUUAAGGAGACCAAGACAAAGAUCGCCAAGACCAUGCGUGAGUUGACUGCACACUACAAGAUCAUAAUGACCGGAACUGCCAUACAGAACAAUCUACGUGAGCUGUGGGCACUCUUUGACUGGGUGUGUGACGGUUCACUCCUUGGCUCGGUCCGUUCGUUCGCCUCUAAAUUCGAGAAGCCAAUUCUCAAGGCACACAUUGCCGACACCUCACAAUCACAGAAAACACUUGGUUCUGCAGUUGCCGAGUCACUUCGUCAAAUCAUUGCUCCCUAUUUCCUACGUCGUGAGAAGAAAGAUGUAUUUCCAACAAACAACAACAACAACAAUAGCAAUAGUAACAACAAAGAUAAUAACAACAACAAUAUUGACAACAAAGAAAACAUUGAGAAUCUAUCAAAUGUUACAAAUGAAACGACAACUAAACAAACAACAUCGACAACAACAACAACAACAGUUAGUUCGUUGAAAACAAAGAGAAUGUCAGUCAAAGGUAUAAAGACUAGAAAGAAUGAUUUCGUUUGUUGGAUAAAGUUGGCGGAACCACAGAUAGAGAUUUACAAGACAUUUUUGAAUUCCGAGGAGGUGAAGGAUGCACUGAAUAAGACAUCGAGUCCACUGGCUGCACUCACUGUAUUAAAGAAGAUAUCGGAUCAUCCUUUGUUGUUGCACGAGGAGAUGUCAUCCUGUGCCAGUCCAGAGAUGAAACAGAUCAUGCACAAGUUUGGUGAUAACUCAACGAUUAAAUCACUCGUUAGAAACUCUGGAAAGAUGCAAUUCCUCUACUACCUACUGCCAAAUCUCAAGCAAGAAGGUCAUAGACUUUUAAUUUUCAGUCAAUCCGUAAAGAUGUUAAAUGCAAUUGAACAACUAUUAAAUUAUUUGAAACUUAGCUUUUUAAGAAUAGAUGGAUCAAUUUCAUCAAGUAAAGAAAGACAAAAGAGAAUCGAUGAGUUCAAUGGUGAUAGAGAGAUCUUUUGUUUCCUCUUGACAAUUCAAGUUGGUGCUCUUGGACUUAAUAUGACAUCUGCUGAUAGAGUGGUCAUUUUUGAUCCAUCUUGGAACACAGUUGACAAUCAAGCUGUAGAUCGUGUCUAUCGUAUUGGUCAAACAAAAGAUGUUGUAGUUUAUAGAUUAAUGUGUUGUGGUACAAUUGAAGAAAAGAUCUAUCGUAAACAAGUAUUCAAAGGUGCUUUGAUGAAGACUAUGCUUAAUCAGGGUAAAGGUCAGCAUAGAUACUUCUCGAGCAGUGAGUUGAGAGAGUUGUUCAGAUUGGAUGACACCAAUGUAUCGUCGACUCAGAUGUAUCUGGAGGGUCUGCACUCUAGUAAGAGAAAGACAAGCGAAGAACUCGACCAACACAUUCAGUUCUUGGGUAAGCUUGGCAUGUUGGCCGGUCUCAGUGACCACGAUCUACUCUUCACCGAAGAGGUCUCUGUCGAUCACAACGAAAACGAUGUUAAAAUGGUCGAACAACAAGUUAGCUCUACUAUUACACCAAGUAAGCAACCAAGAAAGAAGAAGAUUACAAUCGUUACAAAAGAUACUCCAAAUAAAUCAAAGGUUAUGAAACAGAACUUUAUUUAUGUUGACGAUGAUUAUAAUGAUGAUGAAGUCGACUUGACAGUGGAGACAUACAACCCUAGAAACAUAAACACCACUGGUUCUUCUAUUGUUAGAAAACCAAGUACAUCUAUUCCUCUUGUCAUCAAUCUUGAUAAUGAAAUUACUUCUAAACCUAAGCCACAGCAACAACAAUCAAGACCAGCUUCAACAACUCAAACAAUAGUACAUAACAACGUACACCCACAACAACAACAACCUCCAAAACAAUUGAUUCCAGCAUCGGUUGUUAAUCAAAUGCAAUCACAGCAAUUACAAAAGCAGAUUCAGCAUAUCAAUACAACAACAAGUAGUAUUACACAUGCUAAUGCAAAUGCAAAUACAAAUACAAAUGAUAAUAACAAACUAUUAGAUGAUUAUAAUAGAUUAAUUUUGGAGGCAAACAAAUAUUCUAAAACAGAUAAAGUUAGAUCUAUUAAUCUUCUCCUAGAUGCUUUACAAGUUAAAUAUAGUGUGGAAUUGGAAAAUUUGAUUAGACAAGAAUAUGAAUAUAUGGAUAUCAAUUAA